UCUGGGCGUCUGGGGGUCCGGGGGUGAUGAAGAUGGCCGUGGGCGCCGUGAAGGGGCAGCCCCCGUGCGAGCCGGCGGAGCUGGGGGCUGCGGGCGGGGCUCGGCGGGAGCAGCCCGCACAGCUGCGACACAAGCUCCGGGACCUGCCGGCCCUGCUGCGCAGCGGGCUGACCCUCAGGAGGAAGAGGAGCGCCGCGGCCGCCGCGAGUCUGUCAAGAAGAAUUUCGAAUCCCUACAUUGAACAUACUGCUUCCCAGAUUUAUGGAGAGAGUUCCUCUUGUGCUGGAAGAGCGUUGAGAAAUAUCUUUAUGGUUCAAGCCUCCGACCUGAUAAAAGACCAUGUGAACCUUAGGGGAAUUUGCAGGAGAAGCUGCAUUGGAUCAGAAUUAGUGGACUGGCUUUUAGAGCACUGUCCUUUCAUUCGAUGUAGAGCUUUGGCAGUUGGCGUCUGGCAGCUUCUGCUUGACAUGGGAAUUUUAUUAUCAGUGGAUCAGCAACUCUACUUUCAGGAUACCUAUGUGUUCUACCAGUUUUCAUCAGAUGAAUGCAGUUACCUGUACUGUGAAUAUGAAAGAGAAGAGGAAUGGCAAAAUGGUGUGAAGCUUUUGCUGCAAUUUGUGCCUCUCAUUCCCUCCAGGGCGAGUAGCUGUGACUUGCCUGAUCAGAAAAUCGAGGACACGGAAGAAACCAGUGAGGAAAUUCUUGUCCGGCUCACCUCUGCGGUGCAGAGGGAGCUGGCUGCUGUUAUUGCUCUGAAAGCAAAAAAAUCAGCAGUUGAUCAAGAUGAAGAAAGCAGAAGCCAAGGAGUGAGAGUGGCAGAAGUUGAAGGCAUCUCAGAUUCAAAGGCAGGGGUGAUGUGCAAGCUGCAGGAAAGAGAUGACAUUGGACGGAUCGAACUGGUCCAGAAGCUGGCGAGAGAAAACUGCCACUUUUUGCAGGCGGACAAAAAAGAGCCCGAGAAACCCGAACAACAGGAAGAUGAAGUGACAACCAUUCAAGUGAAGGAACAAGACCGAGAUGUUCUGGUGCUUAAGAAAGUGUCGUCAUGUAGCCCGGCCCCCACAUCAGGGAGUGCCGAGAAUGAUUGGAGAUACGUCGUGGUGUCCGGAACGCCCGAGAAGAUUUUGGAGCAUCUUCUCAAUGAUUUGCACCUGGAAGAAGUCCAGGACAAAGAGACAGAAACCCUCCUCGAUGACUUCCUUCUCACAUACACCGUCUUCAUGACUACGGAUGACUUGUGCCAGGCGCUUUUGAGACACUAUUGUGCGAAGAAGUACCAAGGGAAGGAAGAAAAUGUCGAUGUUCCCUGUAGAAAACGUAAAGUCUUGCAUCUUGUGUCUCAGUGGACUGCUCUGUACAAAGACUGGUUACAUGAAGAUGAACACUCAAAGCUGUUUUUAAAGACCAUUUACAGGAAUGUGCUGGAUGACAUCUAUGAAUAUCCUAUCCUCGAGAAGGAAUUGAAAGAAUUUCAAAAGAUUCUCGGAAUGCAUCGUCGACACACUGUAGAUGAAUAUUCACCACAUAGAAAGAAUAAAGCCCUUUUCCACCAAUUCAGUCUCAAGGAGAAUUGGCUCCAGCAUAGAGGAACUGUGAAUGAGACAGAGGAAAUUUUUUGUCGAGUGUAUAUCACUGAACAUUCCUAUGUCAGUGUGAAGGCUAAAAUCUCCACUUCAGCUCAGGAAAUACUGAAAAUUGUAGCAGAAAAGAUCCAGCAUGCAGAGGACGAUCUGGCACUGGUGACUGUCUCGUUCACUGGGGAAAAACAAGAACUUCAGCCAAACGACUUGGCCAUCUCAAAAUCAAUGGAGGUCUCUAGUCGGCUAUUUGUUUACCGAAGAGACCUGACUGACACUUUGAACCCGUUCACUGAAAAUGAAGAAUCACAGCAGAGGUCGAUGCGGAUUUUAGGAAUGAACACUUGGGAUCUUGCCUUGGAAUUAAUGAACUUUGAUUGGAGUCUGUUCAAUUCAAUUCAUGAGCAAGAACUUAUUUACUUCACCUUCAGCAGACAAGGAAGUAGUGAAAAUACUGUGAAUCUCAGCCUUCUGCUUCAGAGGUGCAAUGAAGUUCAGCUCUGGGUUUCCACAGAGAUCCUGCUCUGCAGCCAGCUUUGCAAGCGUGUGCAGCUAGUGAAAAAAUUCAUCAAAAUUGCUGCUCACUGCAAAGCCCAAAGAAAUUUGAACUCCUUCUUUGCCAUCGUCAUGGGUCUUAACACUGCCUCUAUCAAGCCGAUUUGUCACAGACCCUGGGAGAAAAUUCCUGGGAAGUUUAAGAAACUCUUCUCUGAGCUUGAAAGUUUGACUGAUCCUUCUCUGAAUCACAAAGCCUAUAGAGAUGCAUUCAAAAAGAUGAAGCCUCCAAAAAUUCCUUUCAUGCCUCUAUUGCUUAAAGAUGUCACCUUCAUCCAUGAGGGAAAUAAAACAUUUUUGGAUAACCUUGUCAAUUUUGAAAAGCUGCACAUGAUUGCAGAUACAGUCCGGUCGCUAAGACACUGCAGGAAUAACCAGUUUGGAGGUGAAGUUUCUUCAAAGGACCAUCAAGAGUUGAAAUCCUAUGUCCACCACCUGCAUAUCAUUGACAACCAGCAAGCGCUGUUUGAGCUUUCCCACAGGAUAGAGCCACGAGCCUAAGCCCAUCCUGCCUGAACGUCCACCCGACACGCUACAGCACUUUGAACUCAGUAAAUGCCUUGCCAAGCAGGUGGCUUUCCUUUAGAAGGACGAUUUACUGAGUUUUAUCAGUAGCUCACAAAACCCUCCGAACAGUCGGGCAAACCCCGAAGAGCAGCAGGACCAGCCUUCCGAGCUGAAGAUCGAGGCAUUCCCUUUGCCAUGGGGAAAAAAAGAGAGAUGAGGAAGGAGCGGUGUUCUUUAAUCUGAGGAGGGUGGUUUGGGGGUAUGAGAGCAUGGGUCAGAUUGAGUUUUCAGAUUUCCUUAAGCCAGGAUGAGAUUAAAAGCCACACAGGAGCCAGAUUUCCUCCGCAGGAGUCUGGGGCCAAAUUCGGCCCACUGCUGUUGCUCCGGAUUUGGAGGCUGCCCAAGUGUCUCCGGGUUCCAUGGCCAAAUGGAAAUGGUGCCACCUUACCCAACUCUCCCAGCUCCCUGCAGUCAAGAGUGGAAACCACAAAAAGUCAACCAGGGUCCAGAAAUGCUUGUGAAGAACACCAUAUGAUAUUUGGGUUCAAAUUCUGAGGUGCCAAACGCCAGAGGGACAAGAAUCCCCCAGUACCCUAGGUGGAUCAAGAGACCCAAUUCGCCUCCAGUUUUUGUGACUUCCUCAAUCUCUCGGAGUCAGCCUCACCAGUGAAGUUAUUUCCUGCUCAGCUGGCUGGCGCUUUGUGAUGGUAAUUCCCUGCCAGGUGAAUGAUGUCAAAUGGCUUUUCCCAACAGGGUUGCUUGGAUCAUGCCCUUUCCUCCCUCUUCCCCGGCUCCUUCAUAGACUGGUGCGCAGCGUCAUGGAGCGUUGGGAGGCACCUCGUCUUGUGAGAUGGGUUCAUCCCCUGCAAACCCAGAAGGCCGGCAUGCUGUCGCCCAGCUCCACAUUUGGCUUACUGGCUGGGCCUGUCUGAUUGGUUAAACUAAAUUACUAAUUUCCCAUUCAUUUCAUUCCCUGUUGCUUUUAGAUGCUGAGCUGUAGUUAGUUCAGGGAUAGGUUGGUGGCAAAACUAGUUGAACUACUACAGGACCAGGUGUUAUAUAGGAAGACUAGUUGCUCUAAUAAAGACUAGGUAGGAGAUCUCUGAGCACCACACUCCCUGAAAUCUAGAGCUGGCCUAAUUGGUGAAGUUAACCAUUUCUAUGUAGGUGCUUGUAGUCGUGUUUGGACCCCAAACACCCUAACUUUCACCCCUAUUCCCCAGGUCUGAAUCCAAAUUAAACUUCCAACAUUGGUUCCCUCUCAUAGCUCGUCCUGGAGCCAGCAGACCCAGGAUUUGGGGCCCAGUGGUUCUGGCUGGCACAAAAACUGAACCCAGUUCAGACUAGGGGAGCCACCGCGGAGCAGGUUGGAGGGGUGUCAGGGCUGACAGCCCAUGUUGUCAUCUUCCAUCAAGCAGGAUCCGGUCAUCUGGAGGAAACUUCAUACCAUACGAACAUCAAAGCCAGGCAUUUUGUAAACUACUCUCCCUGGUAUCGACAAACCCAAGCCAUUCAAACCUGAACUCUUUGCUUCAUGAGUUUGUUUUUCACUUUGAAAGAUAAAUGUAUUCCUGGCCACUUCUCUAUUUUCAAGGCAUCUGUUUGUUCAUAUUUAUCAAUUGGCCAGGAAUUAGCCUGAAAUCUCGCCACCGGAUCACCGCUCCAUGGGCGUUCCUUCGUGGCACUUCCCAGUCAUGGCCCAGGUUUCACGAAGUUUGUUCUUCUUCUGAAUGGAUUCUUGGGGACUCUUACUUCCCAUCCCAGCCUGGUAGUGGGUUGUCCCCCGCUACGGGCUGGGUCCCAGGCUCUGCCUCUGCCCAGCAACAAAAUCCACCAGCCAUCAGCAGUGGCGGGGAAGGGAACCAAUCAGUCCAUCGGAAGUAUCGAUCAUUUGUCCAUUAUCUGCAGGACUCUGUGCUGAGAGCUCUCUCCUUGGAGCACUCUGGGUCAUGAGAUUAAAAAGUUUGGGAAACACUUCCUAAACCAGCCUUAAGCCAGAAAUCGGCAUAGCGCAAAUCCCUGCUGGCCAAGAAGCAGAUGUUUCAGGAUGUCCUAGACUCUUAACUUGCAGGUGUACUGGCGAGCACAGUAUUUGGAAUUUGAUCAUUGGUAUUCUGAUCUAGGAUAUGAUCUGGACAGUUGAUUUUAUAAUUUGAACUUGCUUAGCUUUGGGGGAAACAUCUUGCUCCUAUUUGGAAUUGCACAGAGCUGUGAACCUUCCUGACAAAGUGCCCUAAAUGCUCUAAUCCAAUACUUCCAUGAGAGGACCAACGAUCAGGAGCAGAAGAGACACCGCCACGUAGAUGAAGCUUUGUCCCAGAUGAGGCAAGCAGGAUCGAUUCAGUUGCCAAUGUUACCAGCGUCAGAUGGGAAAGGACCCUCGAGUGGCAAACAGGAAAGUGGGCUCGGUGAUGCUCACACCCAGCUGGAGCCCUACUCGGCUAUGAUACUGUAAAUCUCAAACCUCGGUCCGCUUCGGCGGUCCAGCACAAAUAUAUGUGUGUGUAUGUGUGUUUCUCAAACUCAAUGAAAAUACCAAACAAAAUGAGGAAAAGCAGGGUGCCUCUGCAAUUGUUUGACAUGAGGUUGCUGUACACGUUUUAGAUGCUUCUAUUAUAUGUCCUUAGAAUUUCAGCUCAGUUUUAGAAAAUGGGCAGAUUGUGCUUUUUAACUUGUGGCAAAAAAAAAAUGUAAAAAGCCCAAGAUGAAAAUGGACUGCUGUAUAAAACAAAGCUGUAUAUACUAAACAUUUUUUAGCAGAGUAAUAAUAUUUAUUUGCAUAGCCUAUUUAUUGCAUUUGUAUUACACUGUUAAGAAAUACUGGUAAGGAGUGAGGUAAAGAAACUUGCCUCUUACAUUACUGCUAAUUGGCAAUUCUGUAAUCUUGUCAACUUGCAUUAACAAUAAAAUAGUAAGCCCCAAAUCAAGAUAUCUACCUAACUUCUCAGGGACUACAUUGAGUAGUUGUCCACCAUCAUAACAACUGGUAUGCAUGAAACAGCCUGUUGAUAUACCAGAAACACAGUUAACAGUGUUUUCUUUUUAAGACUUCUUGCUUAUCUGCCUCUGUAUAUAUGAUUGUGUUGUGUAUUUAUGAGCGCUAGCAAGCAAUAAUUUAUAUGUAAAAAUGGCCAAGCAAUAUAUGGUUAAAACUUGUACAAGUAACUGUUACUCUUAACCUGUAUUUUCGAUUGUUUUUUUUUAACUGCUUUCAGAAUAAGACUAUGUUAAAGACA